CAUCUCCAGUGUUUGACAUUUUACAAUACUGUUGUGGUUUAUUCUUUACUGAUUGUAGCUUCUGCCUCAGUUACUAAAGUUCAGGAUCACUACAGUGUGUUUGUUUUUAUGCUAAUGCUUUUGUGUGAAUAAACACUAAUUCAUAAAACGUCACUGUCGUGAUGAGAACGUAACUGCUAAAUGUGGUUCACUGUGACAAAACUCAAAAGGGUAUGUAUUAAAAUGUAAUUGCUCCAGAUUCAUCUAGUCAUUACAGUUUUCAACGUAAUAGCAGAGUGAGUAAUGUUCUGGUGCAUUCAUGUCCUGUGGGAUUCCCAGUUGCAACGAAUAACCGACUACGUUUACUAGUUUGUUUGCAUCCAACAGUGAAGUACAGUAAUCAUUAAAACUGUUUAUCAAAUUGUGUUUUUAGGAGAACAGAAAAGAAAAUUCUGAAACCUAUGCAGGCGUCUCUGAACCCUCUGAUUCUAAGAAGAGAUUACCUCCGAAAAGCUGAAGUGAGAAGAGUUUUUAAAUUAUAAAUGAGCUCUAUUGUAUACAAGUAUUGAACACACAGUAUCUCUCUCAAACCGCUCCUCUUCCUGGAAGAAAUCAUAGCUUGGUAACCCCUCCCUCCUCUUCCUCCUCUCAAACACAGCAAGUUCCACUCUGUCCAUACAUGUUGUUGUUCCCUCCCCUUCAGAUCUACAGUUGUAAGAUGGGAGUAACCAACAUGUGGUGAAGUGCAGGAGCUGACAGGCCCUAUUCAAUGCAGAAACACAUGCUGUUUAGAUCACAGCUCAAACUACUUUUAAUUCUCAGGAAGUGAAACUCAGACAGGCGAUGUCACUGAGAGGAGAAAUGGCGCAGAAAGGAGUUCAACUGGACCGGGAAACUUUCUCUUGUUCAAUCUGUCUGGAUCUACUGAAGGAUCCGGUGAGUAUUCCCUGUGGACACAGCUACUGUAUGGACUGUAUUAAAGAGUUCUGGGAUGAGAAGAAAAUCUACAGCUGUCCCCAGUGCAGGGAAACUUUCAUACCGAGGCCUUUCCUGCUGAAAAACACCAUGUUAGCAGAUUUAGUGGAGCAACUAAAAAAGGCUGGACUCCUCAGUCUGAGGCAUGAAGCCUCUCCUGCUGAUCACUGCUAUGCUGGACCUGAAGAUGUGGCCUGUGAUGUCUGCACUGGGAGAAAACUGAAAGCCCUAAAGUCCUGUCUGGUGUGUCUGGUCUCUUACUGCGAGAAACACCUUCAGCCUCAUUAUGAAUUACCUAUAUUUGAGAAACACAAGCUGGUGGAGCCGUCCAAGAAUCUCCAGGAGAACAUCUGCUCUCAUCAUGAUGAGGUGAUGAAGAUAUUCUGUUGUACUGAUCAGCAGCUUAUCUGUUACCUCUGCUCUGUAGAUGAACAUAAAGGCCACGACACAGUCUCAGCUGCAGCAGAAAGGACUGAGAGGCAGAAAGAGCUCCAGGGGAGUCGACAAAACAUCCAGCAGAGAAUCCAGGACAGAGAGAAAGAUGUGAAGCUGCUUAAACAAGAGGUGGAGGCUAUCAAUCACUCUGCUGAUAAAGUAGUGGAGGACAGUGAGAAGAUCUUCACUGAGCUGAUUUGUGUCAUGGAAAAAAGACGCUCUGAUGUGAAACAGCAGGUCAGAUUCCAGCAGGAAACUGAAGUGAGUCGAGUCAAAGAGCUUCAGGAGAAGCUGGAGCAGGAGAUCACUGAGCUGAAGAGGAAAGACGCUGAGAUGAAGAAGAUCUCAGACACAGAGGAUCACAACCAGUUUCUACACAACUACUCCUCACUGUCACCACUCAGUGAAUCUACAGACUCACCCAGCAUCAAUAUCCGUCCUCUGCGCUACUUUGAGGAUGUGACAGCCGCCGUGUCAGAGGUCAGAGAUAAACUACAGGACUUUCUAAAUGAGAAAUUGACAAACAUUUCACUGACUGUGACUGAAGCGGAUGUUUUAUUGUCAAAUCCACAACCAGAGCCCAAGACCAGAGCUGACUUCCUUAAAUAUUCACGUGAAAUAACACUGGAUCCAAACACAGCACACACACAGCUGUUAUUAUCUGAGGGGAACAGAAAAGGAACAUUAAUUUCACAUCCACAGUCUUUUUCUAGUCACCCAGACAGAUUCACUAAAGAGUUUCAGGUCCUGAGUAGAGAGAGUCUGACUGGACGUUGUUACUGGGAGGUGGAGUGGAGAGGUGAAGUAAUUUAUGUAGCAGUGGCAUACAAGAAUGUCACCAGAGCAGGCAGCUCGAAUGCAUGUAGAUUUGGACUCAAUGACAAAUCUUGGGCGAUAAGAUGUGACAAUAAUAGUUUUAAACUUCUGUACAAGAAUGUCCGAACUCUUGUCCCAGGUCCUGUGUCCUCCAGAGUAGGAGUGUACCUGGAUCACAGUGCAGGUAUUCUGUCCUUCUACAGCGUCUCUGACACCAUGACUCUCCUCCACAGAGUCCAGACCACAUUCACUCAGCCUCUCUACGCUGGACUUAGUUUUUUUACCACUACUAAAGACGCUGCUGAGUUCUGUAAACUCAAAUAGAAAGAAGUAAUUUAAGGGUUAAAUUCUGUGUUUUAACUCUUAAACGUAUUUUGUUGCUGAGAGAUGAUUGUGGUGGAAUUUCUUUACUGCACAGAGAUCAGCUGCCAAUCAAACAUUAUGGGAUGUACUUUGACAUCUUCAUAUUAGUUGUUGUAUAAAUGUUUGAGUUUCUUUAGGUGAUUCUCCUUCCUGUGUCUGUUUAGCCAUGGAGGCUAUCACUGAUGCUCAUGAUGAUGUUAGUUGAUCUGAACUAAAAAUGUUAACUUCUCUG